AUUAAAACGUAUUAUAUAAUGGUCUAUUGGUGCAGGUUGAUCAAGCCCAUAUCUGUGUUAAAAAAAAGGUUAUUAGCCAAAUAAGGCUGAUAUUGUUUUCCAUUAUGUAUACUGCUGGUGUGUUUUCUAUAGGAAAUGUUGUGGUAAAAUUAUAUUAUUUCACAUAUUUCAGACAUGUGUAGUACAGUAUGUGCAAUGUAAUGUUCAACAUGACCUGUCUUAUUAUUCUGCAGUUUCGUGUCAGGACAUGGACAGACACGAUCUCGUUCACAUCACCAUCCACUCCCACAGCACCCUGUCCUUCAGGGGUGCCCAGUCACUUCAUCAGCAAACUCUCGAGGACUUUAUUCAACAUUACAGAAGCCUCUUAUCUCCCCCUCUCUGCAGCGAGUUCUGGGACUCUGGCACGCGUUAAAAUCCGCGUCGCAAACGCAUCUGUCUCGCGCGCGCGUAACGCAGCCCAGGGUCUUAAAGAUUUGAUGGGAAAACCUCAUUCAUUAGUAAUCGAGUGGCUAUUUCAAGUGGUGGGUCCGCGAUCACUAAAGGCUCCGAAGCGCUCGAGCCGAAGCCCCCGCCCUCCCAGCAUUUCCACGUCGUGCCUCCCUCCAUCCACACAGCAGCACAUGGUUACAAUCAAGCCCAUAAAUCAGACGCCUCCGAUCUAAUAGUCGGAAUGAAGCACACAUGCACACCAGACCGGGGUUGGCUGCUGUUGCAGCAGCAGAGGAUGCGAGAGAUAUCAGUGCUUUAAAAGGGGGAGGGAUGGACGGCUCGAGAUGCAACCAAAAAGCCUCUAUAGUGAUCAAUAUCUGACCGUCUUGUUGCAAAUCGCCGCAGUGCUUCACAGGUGUAUACUCGAGUAUUCUCAUACGGAUUGACUGAACUGGAGCCACAUGUCACAUGUGCUUCUUAGGAAGAAACGGGGCAUCAUCUGCUGCAAGCCGGAUCUGGAGGAGGAUGCUGCGGCAAGUGAUACACAGAGGGCUGAAAGCUUCUUUCUACUGGCUGGGUUUGUUCGUGAGCAGGCAUCCGGUUUUCUUCCUCACCGUCCCCGCAGUGCUGACCAUCAUUUUCGGAUCCACGGUUCUGAGCAGGUUUAAGCCCGAAACGGACCUGGAGAUCCUGGUGGCCCCGACGCACAGCCUCGCGAAGAUCGAGCGGAGUCUCGCCAACAGUCUCUUCCCCAUAGACCAGUCCAAACACAAGCUGUACUCGGACCUGCACACCCCUGGCAGAUAUGGCAGACUCAUCCUGCUGGCCAAAUCCGGAAAUAUACUGGAACUUGCCGAGCAGGUGCUCCAGGUGCACAAGAAGGUCCUGGAUAUGCGCGUCAAUUACAAAGGCUUCAAUUACACUUUCGCGCAUCUCUGCGUCCUGAGUCACCGGGACAAGAGAUGCCUUCUGGAUGAUAUCAUCACGAUAUUUGAAGACAUUCGUUUGGCUGUUCUCUCUAACAGCACUUUUGCCAAGGUCCCUGUGAGCUACCCGAAUACAACGUUAAAGAAUGGUAGAGUGUCCUUCAUCGGCCAUCAGCUGGGCGGCGUGCCCCUGUCCACGAAAAACUCUGACCAACAGGUCAAAUUCGCUCGUGCCAUCCAGAUCACCUACUACCUCCGCAACCUUGGCCCAGUGGUACAGGACAUCAUCGCUGAGAAGUGGGAAAGCGAAUUUUGUAAGCUGGUGCACCAGCUGGCUACGGACAGCGAAGAGCUACACAUUCACUCGCUCACUUCCUUCAGCUUAUGGCGGGACUUCCACAAGACGGGCUUGCUGGCCAAGAGCGAGGUGCUGGUCAGCUUGGUGCUGGUCCUCCUGGCAGCGACCAUCUCCAGCUCCAUGCGGGACUGCUUGCGAGGAAAGCCCUUCCUGGGCCUGUUGGGCGUCCUUACCAUCUGCAUCGCCAACGUGACGGCAGCUGGGAUUUUUUUCAUCUCAGAUGGGAAGUUUAACUCUACGCUGCUCGGGAUCCCCUUUUUCGCCAUGGGACAUGGAACAAAAGGGGUCUUUGAACUUCUGGCAGGCUGGAGAAGAACCCGAGAGAGCUUGCCCUUCAAAGAGAGAGUGGCAGACGCCUUUGCCGACGUGAUGGUAUGUUACACCAUGACCAGCUCUCUCUACAUCAUCACAUUCGGUAUGGGCGCCAGUCCGUUCACCAACAUCGAAUCUGUGAAAGUCUUCUGCCAGAGCAUGUGCAUAGCAAUACUGGUAAACUACUUCUACGUGUUCUCCUUCUACGGUUCCUGCCUGGUGUUUGCCGGGCAGUUGGAGCAGAAUCGCUAUCAUAGUGUCUUCUGCUGUAAGAUCCCGUCCGUGGAGUACCUCGACCGCCAGCCCACCUGGUUUAAGACCAUGAUGAGUGAUGGUCACGACCUCUCCACGCAUCACGACAGCGUGCCAUACCAGAACCACUUCAUUCAGCACUUCUUGCGGGAGCACUACACAGAAUGGAUUACCAACACCUACGUCAAGCCAUUUGUGGUUAUCCUUUACCUGAUUUACGCCUCUUUUUCGUUCAUGGGAUGUUUACAGAUCAGUGACGGAUCUAAUAUAAUUAAUCUGCUAGCUAGUAAUUCGCCCAGCGUGUCGUUCGCUCUGACACAACAGAAGUACUUCAGCAACUACAGCCCGGUGAUCGGCUUUUACAUCUACGAACCCAUCGAGUAUUGGAACUCCUCAGUGCACGACCAACUCAAGACACUGGAAAAAGGCUUCAAUACAAUUUCGUGGAUCGAUAACUACUUCCACUAUCUGAAGGUGGUCAACGUGAGCGCGUCAACCAAAAGCGAUUUCAUCAACAUCCUCAAAACCUCGUUUCUCAGAAGCCCCGAGUAUCAACACUUCGUGGACGACAUUAUAUUCUCGAAAAACGGAGACGAGUACGACAUCAUCGCGUCCAAGUUGUACUUGGUCGCCAGGACGACCGAGAAGACCAGGGAGGAGGUCGUGGAGCUGCUAGAAAAACUUCGACCUCUGUCCCUGGUCAACAACAUUAAGUUCAUCGUUUUCAACCCCACCUUCGUGUUCAUGGACCGAUAUAGUUCCUCCAUCAUCUCCCCCAUCCUCACGUCAGGUUUCAGCGUGCUGACCAUUCUCAUCCUCACCUUCUUCCUGGUCAUCAACCCGCUGGGGAACUUCUGGUUGAUCUUGACCGUCACCUCUGUGGAGCUAGGCGUCCUGGGUCUCAUGACGCUCUGGAAUGUAGACAUGGACAGCAUCUCUAUCCUGUGCCUUAUUUAUACUCUCAACUUUGCCAUGGAUCACUGUGUCCCCCAUCUCUACACAUUCGUACUGGCGACUGAGCAUACGCGGACUCAGUGCAUCAAGAUUUCAUUGGAGGAACACGGGGCGGCCAUUUUGCAGAACACCUCAUGUUUUGUGAUCGGGAUAAUGCCCCUUCUCUUUGUGCCUUCGAACCUGACCUACACACUGUUCAAAUGCUCCCUGCUCACUGUCGGAUGCACAGUGCUGCACUGUUUCGUCAUCCUGCCCGUGUUUUUGACGUUUUUCCCGCCCUCAAAAAAACGGCACAAGAAAAAGAAACGAGCCAAACGGAAAGAGCGCGAACGGGAGAGGGAGAGAGAGGAAAUCGAGUGCAUUGAAGUCAGGGAAAACCCCGACCACGUCACCAACGUUUGAAAGGCACGUGUGAGUGCAGGUACUAAGAGAGCAGGUCCUGUCCACAAGGGGGCGACGACACGCGGCACUGGCCGAAAGGUGUCCGAGCUGUGGCGCUUUCUCUUUCUGCUGGGGCGACCCCGGCGAUCAACAGAUGUGCUGUCCAGAGUUAAAAAAGAUCCUUCUCACUCUUCACCCAGAACAGUGUAUAACAUCUGCAGCUGCUAGCUUAUGUUGGCCAUUGACGUGAAAGGCUUAGAAAACAGUUUUCCUGACAAGGUUGUUCAGAUAGGUUAAGACCUAAAAUGUUUCACUCCAAAAAUUCUAGCAUGAAGUAGGUUGUUCCCUACGUUAUUUUAAGAUCCACACCAUGUUUUUCAUGCAAGGAAGUGGUAUGCAUAUCUUUAGUGGUUCUCCCAAAGGUAUUCAUGUGUGUUUUGUAAGAGCAUAUAUGAAAAAAUCUGGUUCAUUUGCUCUUAUUUAGCAACAACAUGAUUCCUUUUGAUCUGUGUUUUUCUGUCCGCCCUGCGCUUGCAUUAUAAAUCAAGACCGAUUCUGUUUAAAGAAAAACGUGUAGCAAUCGGAAGUAGCGGUUUUCAGCGACUAUCAAAUUAUGCAACCCUCUCCUACAAAUAACAGCUGGCAUGCAUUUAUCACAAAUAUCCUGUAGCAAAAUCUAUCAAUAUGUUUGCCAUUUCUCCUGUAGCAGUUAGAGGUAGGUAGAAGUAUUAACAUACUAAAAUUAAAUAUAAGUGAAAAAUAUCCUCAGACAGGUAAAGGCAUUAAUAUAGAAUUAAUUCUAAGGAAUUGAAAAGGGUGCUUUUUGCUUUAAUUGGUUUGUUAAUAUACAACAAAAGUAUUUAGCUGACGUUCAAGAUCGUUUUUUUUCUCUUCAGAGUGAACAAACAGGGUUGUGUUGAAAAAAAGUACGUUUUGCGAAGGCCGCCAAUAUGACACCGCUAAAAUCUUUUACUCAUAAUAUUAAACUGUAUAUCCCAUUGAAAAAAAGAUUUACUAAAACACCUGAGCUCCUCAUUCAUGAGACAAAACUGUAGCAUGUUUUAACGCUGCAUUGAUAUGGUCUGUUCUGUAGUUUGUUUGUUUGCUUGUUUGUUGGUUACAAAACAUACACCUGCCCUAACUGAAACAUAAAAGUAAAAAAAUGACGAGACUUAAACAUUUUGCUUUUUUAUUUUGCACAGCAGGAUAAGAUUGUUGUCUAACAUUAUGUGUCACACUGGAGGUAUUGGUUUUCUUUCAAUGAAGCAUGUGUUUCGUCUGUAUUUGUGUGUUUUUAUGGGGAUGAGCAGUGCAGAUGAUAUACACUGUGUUCACGAUGAAGAAAAUAUCUUGCACAAAUCAACAUAAAGAAAUGGAGAUACUGAUGGAAAGAGUGUGUCUUUUAUGUUAGAAGUGUCAAUCCUCUUGUUCGCAGAUGUAUGACAUCACAUUUCGCAAUGUUGUGUGUCACAGUUUUGCUCUAUGGGUUAUUCUACAGUACGUGUGGUAAAUACUAGAAUUAGCUGUUUAAACAGAAAUUGGACAUAUUGCACCGACUGCCCCACAAAUGGUAAUGUUGAAAAAUGUUAUGCUUCUUAAAUGUUCACGCACAGCUGAAUGAGUUCAAUAGUGAAGAGAAGGAGAACGUUUGCAGAUGUUGACCAACUGGAUCCUGAACUCUCUUGUUUAAUGUUCUGAUAAUCACAGAUUAAAAAUAUUUGAUAUAACUCUGUAAUCGACCUCUAAUCAUCCUAUUUAUCGCUUCAGACUCAACAGUGUAAAGGUUUAAUGCUGCACAACUGGUUUGUGCCUUUCAUGUUGUCAUUGGUUCAUGAGGGAUUGAUCUGCAGGUCAGUCGUUGAACAUGCCUCAACCCAUUACUGGCCAAAAAUCUUAGUAUUUUUGAGAAAUCCCCAAAUAUUAUUUCUUAAAAUGUAAAAAAGCUUUGGUAUGUAUAUUGUACGCAUUUCAUAAUCGUUGGACUGUGCUAAACUUUUGUUUGUUAUUCCAUGACAUGCCUUAUUGGUCCAGUAAAAUCACUGGCUUCAUUGUAGAGUCAUUCCAAAGGCAAAGGGUCUUUUUUUGAAGGUAACCAGAGUUCACUCGAAAGGUUGAGAUAAAUGGACCAAAUGUUUGGCACGGUCUUGAAGCAGAUUAGCAUGGGAAGAAGAGACAGAGUCCAUUACAAACCACAAAUGGUAAAACGCUUCAUUAACGCUUGGUGAGCUGAUGUUGUUGAGGGCUGUUUAAAGACAAUUUGUUACAGAUAUCGGGCACCUCAGUUAAAUGGCCACUUUGUUAGACGCAACAUUCAAAUCCAGACAGGAUUCGUAACUAAAAGUCAGUAAAACAUUUGAGCGUGUUGUCUUAAAUUAUGACAUCCCUACAUUUCGUGAGACAGGCAUACAUAAAUAUUUGUGUCGGAAGAGGGCAUGAAAAUUUAAGUAGGUAGGAGAUGCAUAAUGAAAAUGGUGAAAGUCAUAUAUUUCCCAGAAUAAUUGUGUAUGCAUGUAUUGUAUGUUCUGUAUGCAUGUGUUUGGUUAGUGUGCGUAAUUUACUUUGACUUUUUGAGACCUGUAGACGAGUUUUUUGGUUUAUACAUUCUUGAUUCCAUCUUUAGUCAUUUCUGUUUUAAAUUUAGUUUGGUUAUGCUAAGCCAGUAGAAAAAUAUUGAAUUGUAAAAUAAAUGUAUAGAAUUUUCUAAUUUUUUAAAGAAAACAUUUUUAAGAUGAGUCAUAUUAUUAUAAAUAGCAAUAAAGCAAAAAAAACAGAUCAAUUCUAAGGUCAGUAUGCCGGUAAUAAUUUAUGGAAUGUGUUACUGUAUCCUCAGCGAAUCAGUUCUUUUCUCACUUUAAUAUAAUAGUUGCUUCACUGUCAAUUCAACAUAUCUACAAUAGUAGCCUAUAUAAAACCAUAAUAAUGUUAUUUUACCGGAGAUGACAUUUCUCCAUGCUAUGCGGCUUUCCGACACUUAUAAUCUAUUUCUUCAUAGGUGGCCAAUACUGAAUCUUAAUUAGAAAUAUAAUUAUAAUGCAAUGUAUUCAUAGGUGUAAAGAGUUUGCUAACUAUACAAUGAUAAAGCUAUUAAAACACCAAAUAACUAUGUUGUCAGUUCAGUUUUAUCACGUAACCCAACAGUAUUAUAUCUACCAAACCUCUGGUUAUAUCUUUAGAGUUAAAGCUGCAUAGAUGAAAAUCUGUAUACUGUUGUUUUUUGUUGUGAUGCAUGUUCUUGGAUCAGGCCAUAAAUCACCAAGUCGACAUCCUUAUUAUCUGCUUUAUUUCACUUUAAAGUGGCCCACAAAUCAAAGUCAAUGCAAAGUCACCGUCGUUAUAAAGAAACUACUGACUUGAGGCAAGCGGCUUCGUUUUCUGAUGACCAUAAAUCAAAUAUGCACUUUUGGGGCUUAAAUUGCUAUGAGACGAGCGUGUGAUCUUAGAUUUCACCAGCUGAGACUGUGAGUAUAUGUGAAUCAUUUUCAUCACAGGGAACAAAUUUGUUUAGGGCCACAUGUUAAAUGCAGUGUCAGAGAUCAAACAUGAGAUUAUGCGUUGCUCUGUGGACCCUGGAACAUUCAUUGCUGAAUGUCGACAGUCACCCACUACAGCAUCAAACUGUAUUUGAAGAUUAUUCGAUAAAUAUUGGCAGCAAAACAUCCACAUUGUUAGACACUGAAGUCACAUACAUGAAUUUACACAUUGUAAUAACAUGAAAGCAAGUGUUUGACAUCAUAUGAUGUUACCAUAAAUCGUCCAAAUACUUAGUUUCGAACACAAUAUCUAUGGCUUUGUUAAAAUCUUUCUUGCUUGUUUUUUUUGGUCACAUAUCACAAGAUGAUGCAUUUUUAACUGUGGUCUAAGUGUCCAAAUGCGUUUUGUCCCAGUUAGUUGCUGUUUAAUCUUGUGAGCCUUUGCUUUCAUAUACAAAUAACAGAAUACAUCUCUGGCUUUCUAUUUUCUACUUGUGUUAACUGUAUUUUAAGAAACUGCCAUGCCACGGAUGGGGUCAAUGCAAUAUACAUUUUUAAAUGGAACUCACUCAUCUGUCAUAUAAUAUUCAACUUUUAAAGGGGUACUUCACAAAAUGAAAAUUCUGUCAUCAUUUACUCAACCUCAGAUUGUUCCAAACUUGUAUAAAUUUGAAGCUGAACGCACAGGAAGAUAUUUGAAUAGGCAGUAAAUUAUGCCAGUAAAUGACAGAAUUUUAGUUUUUGAGCAAAGUAUCCCUUUUGCCAUUUAUUGAUUUAAUUAUUGAUUUAAUGUUGAAUCAAUGUUGCAAUUCAACAUUUAUUAAAAAUUAAACCUGUCACUGUAUCUUUGAUAUCUGGCUUUGCAUCUGCUUUUUAACACCAGUAUGUAGUAUUUGUCAUAUUCAGAUCACCCAUACACAGCAAUAAUGUGCUGCAAAGUUGAAAUUGAAUUUUCUCACAUCCAUUUUUCAAACACAACAGUCUUUACCACCUUUUUUAGGUAGGGCUAUACAUCCAUGGCAAAAGCUUUCAUACUUUUUAUAAUGUCAGUUUCACAGCACAGGAAAAGUAUAACACGUGUUUCACAUGGCAUACAUAAGCAGGGUGUAUUUAUUUCACAGCUCAUAUGAAGCUUGUGUUUGCUGCGGGUUGUGCGCUCAACUCAACAAGUUGUUUCAAAGUAUUUAUCUACAAAACCUUUUGAACAAUAUCCGUUUUUAAAAGGAAAAGCCACGUAAUAAUGGAGAGUAUGUAAGGAUGUUUUGCAACAGCACUUUCUCAAUACAUCCAGAGCAGUUUAAGCAGUUUAAAGCUACACUUUGUGGUUUGUGUUCCAUUCAUGUAGAUUAAUUACCAUCUGAAUGUAAAUGUGGGUCCUUCCUCAUGUACAAAUUAGAUUCUUCCACGAUUAAGUUCGUAAUAAUUCUCAAUGGCCCACUCCUGAUAACCAUUUUAUAAUUUAUGAUCGGUAUUAAAGAAAACACUCAAUGCUGGAACCCAGAAACGACUUUAAUUUCACUGCAGAAUAGCGUGAAAGCGCCGUUACAUUUCUGUUGCUAUGUGCGCCGUGUGAAACGGGCAUUAAUCUGUCGCCUACUAAGACACCAGUUUCAUCAUGUUGAAUUACACAUGCAGGUGCACGCUCUAUAAUAAGCUUUUGAGUAUUGCGAACUUUCAUUUACGAGAGGUUACGUAAUCUGUAACCUCAAUUCAAGUAAGCUCAGAAACAUUUAUGUGUGCAUAGACGAACAAAGCAUCUUCCGUUCAUCGCUUUCGUCUGCUCAGCUCUACACUUGUUUUAAAAACCGUCAUCCAGAAUUUUAAUAAGUGAUGAGGAUAAAACCAAUCGUUGCUGAAAUGAUUUGAUUUGCUGGUUUUUAUAAGCCAACAAUAUUUGACGAUGCACGAAUUUUAGGAACAGCGAUUUAAAGAUGAUGUUUUGUUUUUGAUUCAUUUGGGUGGCAUUCAUUUAUGGUAAUUCAGUGUGUGUUCAUCAGUUUUGUUGAAACAGAAUUAGACUGCUUGGAUUGCAUGUGAAAGCUUUGUUACCGUAUACAAUCAAACAUCAAUAGCUUCAUUUCAGAGUCAUUUCAAAUUACAAAGCGUAUUAUGUGUUCAGUUUUUUGUGUUUUGCUGGUUGUGAACAUUUAAAGGGUCUACAGAGCAGAAAGGGUUAUAUGAAUCUUCAACAACUUAUACGCAACAUUUACAGUAAAUAACAAUACUGCAACAUGAGACUACCUAAUAAGAGUGGUCAAUGUUUAGCAUAGUAAUCUAAAAAGCUGUCUAUAGUAUGUCUGUUUAAUGUUCGGUUUUAAAGAAAAGUAAACUUCAGGUCGUAGUCAAAACAGUGCAUUAAAUCUGUAGCACAGUGCCAUUGAUGUAAUUCUAACAGAUAAUGAGUAAUGCAAUUAUUGAAAUCAUUUCAGGAAAAUGGCCCAAAUAUGUGCAAAUAUAAAGCAUAAUACAAAAGUGUUAUUUUAAUGCGCGGUUAAUAAUAAAGAAACAUGGUACUGUACUGCAUUUCACAAAGUCUUUCUAAAGAAAACAAACACAGAUCAAUAGUAUGGGUUUUAGAAAUGUACAGUAGAAAUCUUGGACGAAACAUUUCUAAAUGGCACCGUUUGAAAAAGCAUCUGUUUACAGCCAUAGCAAAAUAGAAUUAAACUACUAUGUAUGCAAGAUAUUCAUAUGUUUUUUUAUCAUAAGAGUUGUGUGCUUGUGUAUAACACUGUGAUGCUCAUACAAAGUUUACGUUGCUUGCAUUGGAAAGGGAUUGAAGCCAUUGGUGUAUAAUGUAAAUGAAGAGGUCUGGUUUUGCACCCAGUGUUGGAGGUAUAGACCCAUUUAUAACAAAUGGAACAAAUCAGUACAGAUCAAAUGAAACUGUGACGCUUGCAAUGGCUUCGAGCUAGACAAUGUUACGGUGUUGUGGCCUAACACAACCCAGUUAUGUAAUUCUUAGUCUGUGAUUUGUGUACUUGUGGUUAUCUGAAUAUGCGUUCAUGUACCUCAUGCUCUCCGCUCUUAUUUAUCUCUGCGCUCAGCAGCUCCAGCGCUUAAUUCAAUGAACUGCCAAACGUAGGUUACAUAACCUAUCUGCAGUGAUACUCUAUUCUUACCUGAUUACAUCCGAAGAAAGAAAGAAAGCAAAAGAAAGUCGUCCUGUAGAGCAUGGUGCCUGGAUUGGUUAGGUCAUGGGUUCGAUUUCCAAGGAACGCACAAAGAAAAUGUCAUUUCUGAAUGCAAUGUACGUUGUAAUAGAUAAAAGCGUCUGCCAAAUGCAUAUGUAACUGAGAAAAGAAACGACCCGCUACAUUCAUGUCACAUUUCAGUCUGUUUGUGCAGUUGUACUUGUUGGGUGUUUUGAAGUUUUGAGUUCACUGUGAUGAUUUCGUUAUGAUGUAAUGACUUUGUUUCAACCUGUCACAGAACGCACAGCACAGCAAACAGAAUCCCCUAGCAUAAAAUAAAUAUGUCUUCCAUUAUCAUAGUGUUCAGUUUGUUUGUAUCAUGCACCAGAAUACUGUUCUUGUUUUUCAUUUCAUCUCUGUGGAGUGUGAAGAUUACAUCAUAUAAGGUAGUGAGAAACAUGAACUGAGUUGAUCAGCCAAAAAUAGAAAUCACAGAAAAGCGAUCAUUUCAAGGAAUGUCUUUAAGUCUGAAUUUGUAAGGGGUAUGCAUCUGAAUGCUUUGACUAUUUUCAUUGUAAACUAUUUUUUACUGCCUGCUACGUUGAAGCUAUAAAUAUUAUGCCGAUGUACAUUUUUAUAAGGAAACACGAAAA